CACAAAAACACUUGCAGAAGCGCCACUCGGAUCUUGCGGUACCUACUAUUCAUUAUCCUUUGUUGGAAAUGGGGAAAGGAUAUAAUAAUUAUAUGUGCAAGAAGUUUUUCCACCCAACAAACUUUGAAAACAUAAAGAGAAAGUGGAUGGCUGAACAGGCUAACGAGUACGAUACGAAAAAGGAACUAGAGAAACUGAACCAAUAUCGACGGGAACAAGAAACUCUGGAAAACCGUGUCCUUCUAGGAGAUGAAAAAGCUAGGCUAGGCUUAGCUUGGAUGUAUGACCAGCCUGCCUUGAUGGAAAAGGAGCAACCUGACGACAAAGAGGUCAAGUUUGAAUGGCAAAGGAAGUUUUGUGCUCCAAGGGAAAGCUAUUGCAAAAACUCGUCAGAGAUCAUAGAUCAACCCUUCGCUAUCGAGGUCCGAAACGUGCGAUGUAUGCGUUGCAAACAAUGGGGGCAUUUAAACACUGAUCGUGUUUGCCCCCUUUUUGGUCAGUCUUUCACUAAGGAACCAACGACAAGCGAUAUGACUGGUCUUGACCAGGUUAAAAAAAACCUGCAAAAAGAGGGGCUUACUUUGAAGCGGGGAAGUGAUCUUGACCGUUUUACAUCUGUAUUUAGCAAAGCAAAGAAUGCACUGGCCAGUGUAUCAAAGCAAACAUCUGAAGAAGAAGAUUCUCUAGCCAUGGAAUUCCUCAAAAACCUCACUGAAAGACAACGUGAAAAGCUACUUAAAAAACUUUCAAAGCUUUCAGAUAAGACCCCAAAGCAAAGUCAUAAAUCUAAGCAUAAACAUUCAAGGAGGCAUUAAGCCUAAAUGAAAAGUGGCUCGGAAUAAUUUAGUUAAGCUGUACAUACUUUCAAAUUGUCCUUUUAACUAAUUUGGUCUACACUAAAAUUAUUUAUCAACUAUCACUUCUCGAGACAAAUAUAAUUUUCUACAUUAAAACGCUUCAUGCAAUAUUGUGUAUUUGUUACUGAAAAAAACUCAAAUAACAUUUAUCGUUUAUAUUCUUAUGGCCACCAUUUUAUAUUUAUUUUAUUUAGAUACAUGAAUGUUGGUACAAGUUGCACCAUAUAUAUAUGCGACACACAAAUCUUACUUGGUUUAUGUGAGAGCUGUGA